AGACCCACCCGUUCACCGCAUACUUACAAUAGCGACGCCUUCUUGAACGCUGCCAUUCUUUGACAAUCAGCAUGGCGUCAACUGUCACAUUUAGCACUCUGUCUUGUAAGAAGGCUGCGAGCAUCGAUGCUCUUCCGGACGAGCUCAUCCUCAUAAUUCUUGGACAUCUAGACUAUCCGUUUCUGCUGGCUGUCACGAGAGUGUCACACCGACUACGUGCCAUCUCUCUCGAUCGUGUCUUGUUUUCUCAACUCCUUCAAAACUCGACACAUGUUCUGUCGUCAUUCUUGCCCCAGCGUCCUUUGCUUCGAUCUCUCCAACCUCCUGCUUCGGCAAUCUAUUUAACUCGUACGCAUGUUGCUGCGCGACGUCUCCAUUUCCGCUUGCUAUCGGCAACUUUAAAUCGUUCGCUAUCCAGGCGACCAUCUGUCUCGUCCCUUGUCAACGCACGCAUUCUUCCGAGGGACUGUUGUCGCCGUGAUCAUUUGACUGGUGAAAUUAUCGUUGCCCCGUCCGGACUGUUCGAAAACAAGCGUAAGCUUGAACUUACAAAAUUCAAGGAGGGUAUGCGGAUUUGGCUCGAGAAGAAAGCUCGCGCGAUCAAGAAGCACAAGUCGAAUGUUGGCGGUGUUGGCAUUCUCGUAUGGCGAUUCUCGAAGAAAGGGAAGGCGGCCAACCGCCCGCCGUCAGAAUCUUGUCUUGACUCUCGCACGUGCUCAGAGACGGAUCGCGUCUCUAGCCUCAGACGGUUCUGGGAAGAUGUUGGAGUUGGCCGAACCUGACGCCAGAGGUCUGUUGAACCAGAUGUACGCGAGGCAAUUGACAACAAGAACAACUCCUCCAUGUGCUGGUGAGCGGCGUAGGCUCGUUUGCCCUUGAUCUACUUUUUGUCUGCGAAUUCUAGAAGCUCUCUUUUGCCUCUCUCUGAUGAUUGGGGCCGGUGGAGAGUGACAAUUCUAAGCACGUCGGGACUUUGUUCAAGAAUUCAGAAAGCAGGGCUCAUGGAGAUCGGCCAUCCGGCCAGACAUAGACCGGCGCCACGUUAGGUAUUUCUCUUGCACCCAGAAUCAAGCAUGAGGAGUGUCAAGCAAAUUUGUCAGGUUCAGGACUGCCUUUGCUAUCUUCUCGCUAUCAUCACUUCCUCAUCCGACGUAGUACACAGCGACAUCUUUCAGCUGUACCCAUGCGCGGAUCGGUUGUAAAAAUAUUUGUCUCUAGCGAGGUA